CGCUUUCGACCACGAAAGUGGUUUUCUACAAAAUUCUCGAUAGGUUUUUAACAUUAUCUCCAUCUACAAUGGUUCUACUCACUAACGAAGAAUUCCUUUCGCGGCUCAUACUGUUAGCUCAAUCGGCUCGGAAAGAUUCCUCUUUUACGGUAACGAUCAAACGAUACGACGGAAACGAUCGGCCGAAGCCACGUGAAGGAAACCCCCCGCUACCGACACCGGCCGAGUACAGUUGCCUGAUCCGGGCAAAGUCGCGCUCAAAGAAGCUCUCGACCGUGGUGAAGCGCGACGAGGUGGCCAAGUUUAUGGAAACGUAUGCAAAGGUGCUGCGAUCCAGCAUGGAUGGACUGAAGAAGGUCAAAAAGGUCAAAAACAAAGCGAAAGCCGCGCAAGGAUAGUGAUUCGAAGCGAAAGGGAGGAUGUGCUAUGCGGAAAAAGUGUUCAGGAAGUGCUUUUCCCGCUCGCGGCACGGUGCAAUUUAGACACACCGAGAAGUGCAUUUCGUGCUUUAUUCGUUUCAUUACUGCCGUAAAAAAGCAAAAAAAAUCAAUAUUUUAUUCUCUACCACACUUUCCUCCCCCUGAUCGGUUCGAUGCCGAUUUGCAAUGUUUCCUAACACAGACACGGAAUCGGAAUCGCGACAUGGAAUCGGAAUACGUUUUUGCCGCGCAAAUCCACGCCGUACGCUGUUCGUAUGGUUGCGGGCGACGACUAUGUAAUUUUGCUGUAGGUUUAAGCGAAUACUGAAUUUAAUAUAAAAGCAAAAUGGUGA